UUGCUGGUUGCAGGACCUGCUUACCCAGUUGUAUCUUUGCUUCUCCUUCUCUCAUUAGUGGGACCAGCAGUGUAGUUGCCGUGCCUCAGAUUGCAAAACUGAAAUUAAGUGAUUAAACUGAAAUUCAGAAGGCAUUAAGAGAACGAUCUACGAUGACUGUGUGGAUGGAUAGCUGUUUUCCCUCUUAAGCAUCUAAUAAUCAUCCACUCAAACUUCAAAAGUUGGCCUCAAUAUUGCAUUUCGGGUCCGUGUAGAAUUCUUCAUUCUCUUCACUAUGCUAUGCUUGACCUUGAAAAUUGGGGAAUUACCAUGGGGAAUUACAACUAUUUAAUCCAAUGUCUGUCUCCCCAAACAAAUUGUGCAUUCUUGGGGAGUAAGUACUGUCCCUCAUUGAUUUUCCUGUCCCCUCGGACUGAAAUAAUUCUAGGAGCAUAGUAGGUAUUUAAUGUUUGUUAAAUAAACAAAUCAUUCAAAGAAGAUAUAAAUGAGGAUAAGAAGGAAAAAUGGAUCCUUACUGGAAGGCAGCAUGUCUAGUCUUACCUUGAGUAGGACAUCUCCCAGAGGAAAUGAUAUGAAGAGUACCGCUCAGGGGACCAUGCUGAGACAGCAGGGUUUUCACGAGGUGAACAAAAGAAGGACUUUCUUACAGGAUAACAGCUGGAUAAAGAAUCGUCCUGAAGAAGAAAAAGAAGACAAUUAUGGUAGGGUGGUGCUCAACCGACAUUACUCCCAGGAUGCCUUGGACAGGAAAACAAAUGAGAUAGAUGAACCAAAAGCCACAAUUAGUCGGUACAGAUCUGAUGACACUUUGGACAGGAUCUCAGACAGAAGUGAUGCUGCUAAAACAUAUAAAGCCAAUACCUUGGAUAACCGACUAACCAAUAGAAGUAUUUCCACGUUUAGCUCUCCAGAAGCAACAAAGUCGCAGCCUGGCAGUUUGUUCAGUCCGAAUGUCACCAACACCACAGCUUCCACCUCUGCUACUGCUCCUGUAAAGAAAAAAAGGCAGUCCUGGUUUCCACCGCCCCCUCCAGGUUACAGUGUCACCCCAAGCACAGGAACAAGCAGAAGGGAACCAGCAGUUCACCCUCCAGUACCUCCAAAGCCCAGUUCUCCUGUUCCUUCUCCUAACCAGCUGAAGCGGGAUAAUAGGCAGAUAUGUCCACCCAAGCCAGGUGUAUAUACAGAAACCAACAGACCUUUUGCAAGAAAUACAAGGAGCCUGGAUUUGGAUAGCGUUGUCAAAGUGGCCACUUCCCCUCAGAAGAUGGAGAAAGGCGAAGAAUUGGAUAAUCUCAUCAAAAUGAACAAAAGCUUGAAUAGAUAUCAAGGUCUUGAUGGUCUCUUCAGAGCAAAUCCUAAAGCAGAGCAAACAGAGAAAAGAGCCAAAAGCCUUGAAAAUCUCAUCUUUGUGAACACUCGGACAGACAGAGAUGGCAAAGGAAACCAAACUCUUGACAGUUUCAUCAAAGAAAAUCCCAGGAUGGUCAAGAAUGACAAAGGAAACCAAGACUUCGGAACACUUAUUAAUCAAAGGACUCACAAAAAUGAGAAAGGAAGCCAAGAUCUUGGAACUAUUAUUAAAGAGAACGACGUAACAGAUAAAACCAGCAGAGGGGGCCAGAGCCUUGACAGUCUCAUCAAAGUGACCCCUGAAAUAAACAGAAGUAACCAAGGCUCCAAAGACCUUGAUGAGCUCAUCAAAGUGAACCCAAGAACAGACAAAAGUGUCCAAGGGGGCCAAAGUCCUGACAACCUCAUCAAAGUGGCUUCUGAAACAAACAGAACUAAACAAGGGAACCAAGACCAAGGCAAUCCUAUCAAAGUGAUCCCUUCAUCAAACAAAAGCAGUGGACAAGGUCUUGAUGAACUUAUUAAUGUAAACCCCAAAGCUGUCAAAAAUGUUGCUAGCAACCAAAGUCUUGAUAAACUCAUUGAAGUGAAUCCUGAAACUCUCAAAAACAACCAAAGAAACCAAGAUCUCGAUAAUCUCAUCAAGAGAAUUCUGCAGUAAUCAGAAGCAAUCAGAGCCAGACUUGGACAAUCUUAUUGUAGUGAAACCUUCAUUUCUCAGAAACCACUAAGCCAGACCAGGACCUAAAAAACUUAGUUGAAGUAAAUUCUGUGUCUGCAAAAAAGAAUGGGAGGCUAGAUGUCCAAGUCAAUGGAUUCACCAAUGUUCUAAACAACCAGACUGCUGGGACCACUGCCUAUUCUUAUGAAGCCAGAAACAAUCUCAGCUACAAUGCUGGAACCAGACAUACAGAACCAAAGGAUACUGUUGUGUACACAAGGACAUAUGUGGAGAAUAGUAAAUCACCAAAGGAUGGAUAUCAGGAGACUAGAUCUGGAAAAUACAUACAAACUGUUUAUUCGACCUCUGAUAGGUCUGUCAUUGAAAGAGAUAUGUGUACUUACUGCCGAAAACCCUUGGGCACAGAAACUAAAAUGAUUCUAGAUGAAUUACAGAUUUGUUGCCAUUCCACUUGCUUUAAGUGUGAAAUAUGCAAACAGCCUUUAGAAAACCUACAAGCAGGUGACAGUAUUUGGAUUUAUAGACAGACAAUACACUGUGAACCCUGUUACUCUAAAGUUAUGGCAAAGUGGAUUCAAUAAUUCUGACACAUGGAGAGCAAGAUGAAAAGCAUUUGUUCAUUAAGGAAUUAAAAGUUAAAAAAUUUAAGAAUAUGUAUUCUUAUAGAAUUCUAAAAGCUUUUACACUGAAGUUGAUAAAAAUAACACUUCUGAUACUGCACAAGUAAUCGAAUUACCUUCAAUAAAGUCAUACAUAUAUGGGGAACGAUCGUGUAUCUGGCUAGAUUUAGAGAUGAAAAAUUCAAAUGGUUCCAGUUACCAAUGUCAAAGCAACAAUGCCAACAGUGCCUCUGAUGGUAGAGAGUGUUGGCAACUCUAACCAGGUCCAUUGUUGGCAAUCCCUACCAGGUCCGUACUCGCUAUGUAUACAGGCUGUCAGUUCUAGUUUCCAUUAUAACCGAAUUUCCCAUUUUCUCACAUUUAUUUCCUUACGAAUUUGGAUUCACAGCUAUUAUUAACAUACUGAAAAACUGCCAAGGAAGCAAGAUAUGUUUCCCAUAUGUGAAAAAGAAAUGUUAAUAAAAAUUUUCUGAUAAACUUUGGCAGAAGCAUGUUAACACAUAGAGUUGCAUGAAUCUUGGAUAGGAACUUGAACUUUUUGAAUCUCUUUGCCAUUAUCUGUAAUAUGAGGGGCUUUGGACAAAAUGAAUAUUAAAGUCCCUUUCUGUAUCCAAAUUCUCCAAUUCUAAAGUAAGUUUUAGUUUGUUCUAUAGAAACAUGUAUUAUACAUGUUAAGUGUAUUGAACUAGAUAGAACAUCUGAAGGUUUUUAACCUUAGACAUGCUUUAGCUUGUGACAGAUAUAAUUAUUGUAGAAUGUGUUUUAAAAACAAAAAGAAACAGAUUGAUGGGUAUUAGGUAAAAUCAUAUCACGUGUAUUGUUUACAUAUUAUGAUUUGUUAAAUUUUCUUUGCAUGCGUUUCAAAAUCUGGGUACUCAAUUGUCAAUGAGAAGUAAUAGUUAUGGACUAUAAAGGCACUUUCUUUAGCAUGUUAAAUAUAUUCAAAUGAUAAAGCACUUUAUGGUUACAUAAAGCUUAUAAAAAUGAAAUGAAUUAUAAAUGAUACAAUCUUUUUAUGGAAUGUCUAUAAAGAUCCUUACUAACAUUAACUGUAUCAAUUAUAGUGAUCAUGAUUUAUUAUAUUCUGUUAUAGUCUGGUUAACUUAUUUUUUAAGUGCACAAGCUAUAGAUUUAUUUUUAAAUAGAUUUUUCUUAGGAAUUAAAAAUUCAAUAAUCAGAAGUGAGGAACUAUUGAGUAAUUGAACUUUUAAACUAUUCUAUAUACAUCUUGCAACUGCCUCUCAAAGAGAGGAGUAGGGAACAUGGAAGGGAGGGAGAAUUCUAAAAAAAGUUGUAAGGCAGUUGUGAAAAACUGACAUAAAACAGGGAAAUUUGAAAAUGACCAUCUAUUAUCCAAAUAGUGAUAAACUCCAGGAAUUAUUCUUCUGUAUAAUGAUUUCAAGCAUCUAUCCCUUUUAGAGACUGGUCCACAAAGCCUUAAACACAAAAUGGUUAUCAAAAUACGACAAUGUGUAAUUGUUGUCUUAUGGAGAGGGAGCCAGAAAAACAAUUAAUAAUAGUUUGAUAUUCAUUAAUUCAUGCUUGAUGAGAUGCAGUGGUAAUUGAGCCAUAUGUUUUAUUGUUCUUUUAUUACAUGUUAUCAGAGUGGAUCAAAAGAAAUAAUUUCCUUAGAGAAAAGGUUGGAUGGAAUAGUAUCCCUCCUUUUUAUAUAAAUUGUAUUAACAUCUCAAUGCCUUUAUAGUAAUUAAAAAUCAUUUGAAUAUCAUUUUUGAAGUAUUCUACUUUUUAAUGCUUCAUUAAAAGAACCUAAAAGGAACAUAUUUCUCACUUUUCUAUAGCUGUUUAAGAACGCUUUCUUCUACAAAAAUGUAUUAAAUUAAACCAAAAGCUGUUGUCAAAAUGGAAAAAAUACGGAGUGGAGAGGCUUCUGAUUCACCCAAACCACUUCAUUAUGUCUGGUUUUAUUCACGCCAUAGGAAUGACAUAUCCCUAAAACAAUUUGGAAGAUCUCAAUUUUUUUGCAACCAAUUAAUUAUGUUAUGAUUGGCAGGCUUUUCUUGGACACAAUUGCCUAA